AUGAGCCUCUCAAUUCUCCUGCUUGGUGGUGGUGGUCGCGAACAUGCUCUUGCCUGGAAACUAUCACAGUCUGCUCUCGUAAAACACAUCUACAUUUGCCCAGGCAACGGCGGUACUACAUCCCUCUCAAAAUCUUCCAAUUUGGACAUCUCACCCUCCGAUUUCCCUCUAUUGACUCAAUUCGCUGUCGAGACUGAUGUUAGCCUAGUCGUGCCUGGUCCUGAGCAACCUUUGGUGGAUGGCGUUGAGUCCUACUUCCGGAAAGUGGGGAUCCCUGUUUUUGGACCUACUCAGUUCGCAGCGAGGAUGGAAGGGUCCAAAGUCUUUGCAAAGAAUUUCAUGGCUCGACAUUCCAUUCCAACAGCACGGUAUCGUACCUUCAAGUCGAACCAAAUCGACGUCGCCAGAGAAUAUGUGAAAACAUGUGGACAUAAGGUAGUUCUUAAAGCGGAUGGCUUGGCCGCAGGGAAGGGCGUCCUGAUUCCAGAAACCGUUGAAGAAGCGAUAGUUGGUCUGAAUGAGAUCAUGGUCGCAAACGUUUUUGGUGCUGCUGGAAGCGAGGUGGUAGUGGAAGAACUUCUUACUGGCCCUGAAAUAUCCGUUCUCGCGUUUUCGGACGGAUACACAAUCAUCCCCCUCCCAGCUGCUCAAGAUCACAAACGCAUAGGUGAAGGUGACGUCGGGCUCAAUACUGGCGGAAUGGGUGCCUAUGCACCUGCGCCUGUCGCUACCCCCUCAAUAAUGGAAGAAAUAAUUACAAAGUCACUGAAGCCCACUGUUGAUGGAAUGAGAAGAGACGGUUUCCCUUUCGUCGGCCUUCUUUUCACCGGUUUUAUGUUAACUACAACAGGCCCCAAAGUCCUUGAAUACAAUGUUAGAUUUGGAGACCCAGAAACAGAGGCUCUCAUGCUUCUCUUGGAGGAAAAGGCUGAUUUAGCUGCCAUAAUGCUCGCCUGUACGGGACAUCGUCUAGACUCUAUUUCAGUGCCCGUUCGUCCAGGUUUUGCAGUGUCCGUCGUUCUGGCUUCAGGAGGAUACCCAGGAAGCUACCUAAAAGGAAAGCCCAUCACUAUUGAUACCCAAAACAUCCCUCCUAACGUGGUCGUCUUCCACGCUGGAACAACGCUGCAUAAUAACGCGAUCGUCAGCUCAGGCGGUCGCGUUAUCGCCGUAACCGCUUACGCGUCCAGUCUCCAGGAAGCCCUUGAAGCAGUCUACACCGGCGUAGAUAAGGUUUCCUUUGAGGGUAAGACCUUUAGGGGAGAUAUCGCACACCGGGCUCUCAAUUCAUCGCCAGAAGUUAUAUCUUCCUCUCAAGCGCUGACCUAUGCCCAGGCCGGCGUUUCUGUAGACACAGGCAAUGCAUUCGUGGAGGCGAUCAAACCCUUGGUGCGGUCUACUCGUCGGAAAGGCGCCGAGGCUGAGAUCGGUGGAUUUGGUGGAGUGUUUGACUUGAAAGCCAUCGGAUACAAGGAUCCUGUUCUUGUAAGCGGCACAGAUGGGGUCGGAACAAAGCUACGUGUUGCUAGUGACGUAGGCAUCCACGACCUGGUCGGAAUUGACCUUGUUGCGAUGUCUGUGAAUGAUCUAUUAGUUCAGGGUGCUGAACCAUUGUAUUUCAUGGAUUAUUACGGGUGCAGUAAACUAGAUACUGCCGUCGCAAGCCAAGUCGUCAAAGGAAUCGCUGAAGGUUGCCGGCAAGCCAACUGUGCUUUGAUUGGAGGCGAGACUGCAGAAAUGCCCGGGAUGUACCAACUUGGUGAUUAUGACCUUGCUGGUUUCGCAGUAGGAGCCGUCGAGCGCAAACAAAUUCUCCCUAAACCCAACGUCCAAGCUGGAGACAUCCUCCUCGGUAUCGCAUCAUCAGGUCUCCACUCCAAUGGAUUUUCUCUAGUGCGAAAAAUUGUUUAUGAAGCGUCUGGGCUCUCCUAUUCCUCAACUUGCCCCUGGGACAACAGACUAACACUUGGCGAGGCACUGCUGGAGCCGACCCGAAUAUAUAUCCGCCAGAUCCUUCCCGUUGCUCAGUCGGGGUUGAUUAAGGGUAUGUGUCACAUCACGGGAGGCGGGUUUGUGGAGAAUAUCCCAAGAGUGUUGCCAAAAGGUCUCGGAUGCUACGUGGAUGUAGAAGCAUGGGAACUACCCCCAGUAUUCAAAUUUCUUAAGAAACAUGGUCGUGUGGAGGCUCUGGAAAUGGCGAGGACAUUUAACAACGGUAUUGGGAUGGUCAUCAUUGUUAGCCAAGACAACGUCGAUGCAGUGCUCAAGGCCUUGAAGGAAGCGGGUGAGGCAGCGAUCUACGAAAUCGGACAUGUCACUCCAAAGGAGGGAGUGGAGAUGAGGAAUGUGCAUGUCUGGACGUAAGUACACAAGUCAAUGAGGUGCAUGUAUCUGUAGUGGGCAGAUUAGCCGAUGUAAUUGAACCA